CGUCGUCACCGGCAGCGCGCACACACUCAGUCACGGCGCGUCACUCUUCCCGCUCCCACACCGCCUCGCAGCACUGACUUGUCCGCCGCGCCUCCGUCUUACAGCAGCCUCACACAACGCGGAGAGAGAGAGAGAGAGAGAGAGAGAGAGAGAGAGAGAGAGAGAGAGAGAGCCCUGGGAACAUUUACACUGGUGGUGCGAGGCGAGACGGAGAUGGUGACGGUUCGCACGCGUCACCCCGGCAUGCGGCGCGGUUGUCCCCUCGUGCGUCAGGAGUGGAAGGUGUAGUGGUGUGGCGACGAGUGUGGGCUCCUUCUCUCCACCACGUGCUGCACGCCCCGCCAUCGCUGGGCUGUCGAUGCGCCCCUCUAGCCGCCGCCGCCGCUUGACUCGCCCGCCCGAUCUUCCACAGGCGCGGCAGGCGAGGACGGAGCUGACCAGUCUUAUCACCCGCGCGUCCUCCUCGGCGGCUCCAGGGAGGGCGCAGAGGCGUGGCUAUUAAGAUUACGUCUCGCAGGUGCAGUGUGGGACGGUCUGCCCUCCACUCAUCCAUCACGGAGGUGUCUGUGAUGCGCUGAGUGUAUGAGCUGAGCCGGGAAGUUUGCCAGUAUCUAUAAGACGGUGACUGAUUUUCUCGUCAAGAAAUCGUGUAACAGUCUGAGUGAAGGUGGCUUUUUCUAAUCAACGAGGAAAGCUGAGAAGCGAUUAAGCAGCUGCGUUGUGACUUACGAGGCCAAGUGGUGCGUGUGGUGAGUGAUGAGAGACUCCCAGUGGUGCGGGAGGGAGAAAAGUAACACGUGUUGAUAGUCCAGGCCAGGCAGUGACAACGAGUGCGAACAAUGAUGGAGCGAAAGCACAGCAAGACAUGCGCGGCGCUGGUGCUGCUGCUGGCACUCAUUCUGACGCUGGGAGGACCGAACGCAGCACAUGGCAAGGUGCAACACCCGCCCGGCAUUCCCAAGCCUUCCUUUUCUGAGCCCAUCAACAACAUCACAGUCAGCAAGGGGCGUGACAUCACCUUUACCUGUGUCGUCAAGCACCUGGGACAGUAUAAGGUGGGGUGGGUGAAGGCGGACACGAAGGCCAUCCAGGCGAUCCACCACCAGGUCGUGACACACAAUCCCCGCGUGUCAGUUACCUACCGAGACCGCACCACCUGGAACCUUCACAUCAGGAACGUGCAGGAGGACGACCGCGGGGUGUACAUGUGCCAGGUGAACACUGACCCCAUGAUUGCUGAGAUGGCGCACCUGGAGGUCGUGGUGCCGCCUGAGAUCGUAGACAACGCCACCUCGGGGGAGACAAUAGUGGAGGAAGGCAACUCAGUAACACUCACAUGCAAAGCUAGAGGAUUCCCGCAGCCCGUCGUGUCCUGGAAGAGAGAGGAGAAUGCCAGAAUUGUUCUCAGAGACCAGGGGAACAAGAAAGUGGUGACAACGGAGGGCGAGCAGCUGCACCUCACGCGGGUCAAGAGGUCGGACAUGGGCGCCUACCUGUGCAUCGCCAAGAACGGAAUCCCACCCUCGGUCAGCAAAAGAAUAAUGCUCAAGGUCACCUUCUCCCCGCUGCUGGAAGUCCCCGUGCACAUGAUCGGCUCACCCAUCGGGAAGGAGGUGACUAUCAGGUGCCGUGUGGAGUCCUCCCCCAAGGCCGUGGCCACCUGGAGGAAGGACCCAGAGGAACAAAUGAUCAUCAGCAGCAGGAAGUACAACGUGUCGGAGGAGCAGGAGGGAUUCUACGUCACCCACAUGAGUCUCACCAUUCGCAACUUCACGAGGGAGGACGCCACCACAUACCGCUGCGUCGCUAGCAAUUCCCUCGGCUCCAGCACUUCCUCGGUACAAGUCUACGAGAUCCAGCCCCAGAAGCCCAGCGUGGUGAAGGUGGAGGAGGAGCGCAAGAUGGACAACCACAUUCCGAAUCCCGACUCGGAAAUAGACAAGGCGGAAGACACCCACCCUCUGGACUUCGAUCACUCCCUCAAGACAACUUACUUCCCCUCUGGCGGCGGCGGCGACUCGGGUUUCGAAUCUGACAAUGAAAUCCCUGUAGUGGAGGAGGAGAUGCCCAAGAAGACUUCACGUAAUACAAUUUUCAGCAUCUUCAGUAACGCAGCUGCCCGGAAGGAGGUGACAGGCGGUGUGCGGUUGGCGUGGACGUGCGUGGUUGCAGUGCUCGUCUGGCCCCUGGUUGUCUACAUCCCAGCCCUCUAGAAGCUCAUGAAUAGGUGUUGUUGUUGUAUCUACUCUAGAAUGUGUUGUUGUUAUGAUUGACGUUACUCGCUCCUCAGCUGAACCCUCUCCAAACCAACAUCAGUCCGCCUUCCAAACCAAAACACUUUCUUCGCAAUCGGAAAAGUCAGUUCUGUUCAUCUUUUCUUUCAGUAGACCACAGAUUGGCAGGACUUUGAAGCGCCUGCCUUGUAACCAAUGCCCAAGUACAGUCAAGGCCAACCACUGAGUAACUAACAUGCCAUGCUCACCUCCACUGCCUUGCCUUUCCCUCAAUCUGAAGCCCUCUAGUCAGCAAAGAGUGAAUGAGUAGCCAGGUUUUGUUGCUACCAGCUGAUCAGAGGCUUGAGAGAGAGAGAGAUAAGGUAAGGAACACAGUGGAAGUAGGUGCGACAGUUAACUUGACUUGUGCCCGUUACUGUAAAUAACUCCGUCAGAUGGUGUUAGUGGCCGCAGCCCCUAAUCGAUACCUAGCUCAGGUGAUCUAUCAUGGUUUUCACGUGCUGUAGUAGCGCAGCGCACCGGGAGAGGACGGACGCUGCUGUGACUGGCAAUGUGAAAGACGCGCGACGAUUAAUGAAGUGUCUGCGGACGGCGGGUGAUGCAAAGAAACCUUAAUGCUUCCUAACCACGAUAUUUAACCCAUGGGAAGUGUCAUCUAGUGAACAACGAAUAGAAAACGUAAUACUCGGACUUAUUUCCUAUUCCCUCUGUCUCCAAAUUCCUCGCCACUGUCUCUCUCCCUUUUCCUCCCUUCAUCUUCAACUCCCUCCCCCGACUGACCGUGACCCCUAGCGUAGACUGAAGUAAAUAUAUAUAUAUACAUAACUAUAAAUAAAAAGGACUAUCAGUGUAAAUAUAGGCGAAGUAAGGAUGUUUUUACCCGUAUUUAGAAGAUCAAACUAGUGCUUCCAUUGUUCAUAUCAAAAUAACAGGGUCUCUCUUUCACACCGUCAUGGCUGGUUGACACACACACACACACACACACACGUAGAGAAGUAAGAAAUAUAUCAAACACACACACACACACAUUCUACACACACACACACACACACACACACACACACACACACACACACACACACACACACAAAGACGAGUGCUUUUCUAAAUAACGCGUCACGCUCACGGCCAAAGAGAUCUUCAGUGUGCUAAUUGCGAUGAAGCGUGAACCACCGGCGGAACUCAUUGUUGUUGUUGUUGUUCUUCUUGUUGUUGUCGUUUACCGUGGAGGAACCGUACCCUCUUCUAUUCAAUUCAUCAGGUUUUGUUCAUUUUUUUUCUUCCUUUGAGACUAUAAAAGCAGAAGUGGCAAUGUUUAAAGGUUUAUUUUUAUCUUUUUCUCUUUUUUCGAGCUGUGGAAUAUUAAGACAUGGAAACGAUAUGAUAGAGUAACAUGUUUUCCUUAUACUGUGUCUGUGGUGCACGUAAACAGUGGAGUGUAUGGUGGAGUGUUCUGUGACGCGACUGUUGCCUGAACGUGUGUGUAGAAAAUGAGGACUGACAACUAAAUCUAAAUGGGCCUCUUUUAUUUUUUUCCCCUUGGCCAGUCGUUCCCUCUUACAUAAAAAAAAAAAACACUUUGAAGUACAGAGAUGGGGUACAUGUCAAGUUGUCAAAAGCCUCAAGUAUCUAUCAGUGAAUGUAAUGAUGUAAAAAUGCCAACGUUUUCUGAAAUAUUAUGGAGAGUAAUUUCAGAGAGAUAACUAACGAAAAAAAAUUAAUCUAGUCCAAACAGAAAGAAAGGCGAGUACUGAGAUAGUGUACUUGUCAAAUUGUCAAAAGCCUGAAGUAUCUUUUAACGAAUGUAAUAUCAUAAUGAGUAAUUUCAGAAAGAUAACUAACGAAAAAAAAAUUAAUCUAGUCCAAACAGAAAGAAAGGCGAGUAUAUAGAUGGUGUACAUGUUAAACUGUCAAAAGCCUGAAUUAAUAUGGAGAGUAAUUUCAGAGAGAUAACUAACGAGAGAGUGAAACUAGUCCAAUCAAAAAAAAAAAAAAAAAAAGACCGAGAUGGUGUACAUGUCAAGUUAUCAACGAAUAUAAUGAUAGAAAAAUACCAACGCUUUCUGAAAUAUUAUGAAGAGUAAUUUCAGAAAGAUAAUUAACCAAAGAAGAUGAAAGUAGUCCACAUAGAAAAUAAAACACAAAGCGAAUGAUAUAAAAGAGAACUUAAAUUCAUAGAAACAA